UGAUGCGUUUCAUUUUAAUGAACAACCUGGAGUGAUUAUUGAUUCGGCAUGCCGGUACUGGUACUGGUACCCUCACUGGCACGCUUUCGCAAUGCCGCUGGAAGCUUCUCGGAUGCCGACUUGUGGAUCCUGCGGCGUUAUGAUAUGACGUGCUUGGUGGAGUUGCUCUUGGACUCUUCGGUUCGUCUCUUGAUACACAGAGAUAAGAAAUGCACCCUGCGGUCUCGAAUGACACUGACGUUUCCCAGAAUAUCGCCUUCCUUCGCGCAGCCAAGUGUUGUUAUGAUGCUAAUACCAACACCAGGAUCGAUGGCCCCCCACUUAAAAAGAGCCUCAUGCGGCUGUUUUGCGAAUCACGAGGUGGUCAUGGAUUUUAGUUAUGAUGAUCGUGUGGAGCACAUAUUAAUCCCCGAAUAUGUUUAGCAAAUGUUUGAAACAUGACGACAGUGGAUCGU